UUAAAAACUUAAUUUAGAUUAUGGUACAUGACAGUGUCAUUGCUUUGUUGACUGAUGAUGACAUGUAAAGAUCCUAAAUAACUCACCAAUAAAUAAUUAAAUUACGGGGCCUCUUGAAACUGGCGCGCUAUGACAACAACCAGAAGGUAGACAACGAUGAGUGCUUGUUUCGCGCAACCGUUGAAGCAAGCAAUUCUUCUCAAAGCGGAUGCUAUGCGCGAAGUUCGGACACAGGCCCUUUGACGAAAUAACUCUUUCCGUAUUAUUAAAAGAUAUAUUGGCAUCAAUGAAAUGCUCUCACAAUGUGCUGCAUAUUUACAUGGAUGGCCUGGUGCUUCGAUGCAUCGCACAGGGUCGUGGUUUUCAUCAUGGCGUGCCUCAUCAGCUCGUCCGUCUGCUGCUUGCUACUCACAGCUUCACUGGCAGGCGUUGCCAUGGGUUAUAAUUACUCAUUAGCUGAAUACAUCGACCUCAAAGAGACCAACAUCUCCGUGUAUAUCAAGCGAGGUGUUUACGAUGACGAGAUAAGUGAUGACUUCGACUGGCGGCGAGCGGGCGCCGGAGAACCGAGCAUUUCUCUCAGGGACAACACUGGCCAGAAAAUAACACCCGGAUAUCAAGGCGACCAGCCUCUAGCAGACGGUCGUCGCCAAUUGGGCAACUCCGUGUUAGGGUCGGAAGAACAACGUCACUACGAAGGCAGCCUCAUGCGACUCACGUCUACGGCGGCCGGACAGGCUGAACGCAGAUUUGAUCCUCCAGCGCCACCUUACACCACUAGUCCAACGACGACUCCGAAUAUAGUCGAUGGAUUGCUGGAAUUUGCCGACGACUUGCCGGGCGGUUCUAAAGAACGAUUGAGAGUUAUUCAAGCAGCAGCAAGGCAACAUGAAAUUCGCAAAAUUGAAUUGGCUACCGCUACGAUACCCGAGGAUCCGUUAGAUCGAGUAAAGGCCGUAGAAGCUAAUGCUCAUAUACACAAUGCCAGGAGAACGGACCCGACAACAACGACGGAUAAGUACGCCAAAUAUUUCGCGCAGUUAGCGCAGCAUCCCGGUUUCCCAGGCUCUGGACUAAGUGCCAGGAAGUUCAUGCAGAGCCAAGAUAAGGACAUAAACGAGACACCCCAGCCUAAUCGGUUUAGAGACGCAGUGUUCCAGGGGCAACUUAGAAACUGGCCAACAGCGGAUUCUUCUAAAUCGACAGCCGAAAAUUUCUUCGAUUACGAAGUUAGCUACACGCCUCCAAUACUAACACCGCCAACAGUAAAGCCAUUACUCGUUCGUCCGUUAGAAAAUAAAAAGCAGAAGAUUAUGUGGGACAGUAGGCCGAAACCCGAAAGUCCGAUUAUACUAACCAAACCUAUUUUAAAGGAAUACGGGGAUGACAAAUACGAUGCUGUUAAAUUGAAAGAUACGGCCAGACGGGGACAAUGGUCCAAUGACUACGGUGAGGCUGAUGGAUUACCUAUACGAAGGAAAAGAAGCGGCAGCAAAGUUAGUUUAAAAGAUUUAGAGGCCUUAGAAGAGGAGUUGGAGGUAUCUACGAAUACCGAACGUGCGUUACUAACUGACUUUAUACAAAAAUCAACGGCAAAAUCCACGACAGCUGAACUUGAUCAUCAAAAUAGUUUGAACAGUACAAACAAUAACUCUAGUAAUACCUCUCAAGCGAUGCUUUUAGAAACUGUCCAUGACAACAGCGGUGAUUCUGUUAAAAAAUCUAUAGUUAAUAGCUUGGAACAUUUAAUCUCUUCCUGGAAAACGAAAAACAUAAAUUGGAAGCCUAAGAAGCGAAAGAAAAAGUCAGAAGGCUACGCAUACAAAAUCCUCGGUAAUAAACAAACAGAAUCUUUUUGGUGGAGAUUUUCUGACGGCGUCUCUGAGCAAUGGAAUAGGUUGAUUUUGUAUUUUAAUAAACGAAUUUCUCCAAUAUUGGACCGUUCUCGGAAUCCAAAGACAUCAGAUAACAAAGAUUCGAAUAGUUUCGAUAACAAGAAAAGUACCAUUAUUAACAAGUUGGUUGCCAUGUCAACCAAAAAACCAGUAGAAAGGAAAUAAUUUGAUAUAACUGAAACUAAUACGGGAACAAAUCUUGAUAUUUGACCCGAUUAUUACGAAAAGUUAUUAUGAACCACUGAUACCAAUUUUACCGUGUUGUGUUAUGUCUCGUUCAUUUGUUUUGUGAUGAUAAUAAAGGUAUCGGUGUACGCGAAGUUCCAA